CGGACGAUGACGACAAAUAAUAGUUCACCAGCCCGUCGUCCGCGAUCUGCUGCUGUUCACCAACCUCCUCCACAAUGCGCUUCCAUCGAUCGGCCCUACUCGCUUUCGAGCACUACAUGGCCAGCAUCACCGCGGUCUCAAUCAACGGACCCGCCUUGCCUGCUUCUGAAUCACAUUCCAGCGCUCUAGUCAAUGCUGCAUGGAAAGAUCUGGCGCAGAUCUCGACUCGGCCUCACUCCUUCAACUCUCGCCAGCACGAAUUGACUCGCCAGUAUCUGCUCGACCGGAUACAGACGGUGUCGACCAAGUCUGCAAACUCGGAGCACAUCGACGUCAUCUCGGACGAGUCUGGCUUUGUUAUCACAUACGACAGCAACGUCGGCUACUGGGAAGGAGAAAACGUAUAUGUCGUUAUCCACGGUACCUCUGGGACUCCUGGAGUCUUGGUCUCUGCACAUUACGACUCGGUAGCGACUGCCUACGGCACGACCGACGAUGGCAUCGGCGUCGUCACAUUGCUGCAGCUACUCGAGUAUUUCUCUGGACACCGCCCAUUUCACAACGUGGUACUGAACUUCAAUACCGGCGAGGAGAUAAAUCUCUUUGGUGCUCACCAGUUCAUCAAGCAUCCCGUCUCAAAAUACGUCAGUUCAUUCAUCAAUCUCGAAGGUGCUGGCGCGGGUGGUCGUACCGCUCUGUUCCGCAGCUCAAGCUACGAAGCCUUGAAAGCAUUUUCAGGCUCAGGUCCUGCUUUCGGAAGUGUGAUCAUGCAGGACAUUUUUAAGACCGGUGUGGUUCACAGCGAAACAGACUUUGAGCCAUACUCCGAGGCAGGUCUUCAUGGCCUUGACAUGGCUUUUUACAAGCCGCGAUCCCGCUAUCAUACCGCGCUGGACAAUCUGAAGAGCACCGAUAAGAGCUCCGUGAAAUUCAUGAUUGACAACGCGCUUCGACUUACGAAUUUCCUGGCCGGAGAGCGUUAUGUGGCAGCUGAAGACAAUGCCGAUGAACUGGGCGUAUUUUUCGACAUCUACGGACACAAACCGCUGGCUUUCUCUAUGACCGGGUUUGCGAGAUUCUCGCUAUUCUUUGCUAUUCUGGGUCCGACUUUGAUUGGCUAUAUAGUGUACUAUGUCAUGUUCAAGCAUCCGGUCGUAAGAGUCACCGCGUAUGGCUGGGUUCGAAUGCCAGUGACAUUCUUCUUCCUUGUUGUGGUCAAUAUAACCGUCGUGAAGAUGUUUACCGGCCACAAUCCUGCCAUCAUCUACUCUUCUGACCUGCCAAUUAUUGCGAUCGGUUACUUCUCUCUGAUUACGUCCUACCCAGCAUCCUCGAGCUUCUGA